UUAAUUUAUACAUAACGAUGUGUUACUCAGAAAAGAAACAAAACUGUUACCAAUGUGGUUUUAAAACUCAAUGUAUCAAAUAAGUUGAUGUCUGCUUGUUUUGUGUGCUGUUACUGGGGAUAAACAUCUUCCGUUGGGUGACAGAAAAGAGGGAAGAAAAUAAUUAAGAGCGUUCCUUCUUUGCUCAUACUGAUCAGCAGUGUUCUUCAGUUUGGCCUGCAGCUGGAAGAGGUACAGUGUGACCAGAUGUACCUUCAAGGCCAUGCCUAUACACACUCCUCAUUUAAAUGUGUUUACACUUUAUAAACAGAGUCAUUCAAGUGAAUGAGAAGGCCCAAUGUAUUCAUCUUCUUAGUAAUCAAUAGGAAUCAAGUUCCACAACAUUGUAUCUGUGCUAAAAUUAGGAAAGAGACAGAAGUAUAGCAAGUCAUUACAGGAAGCAAUUUCAUCAGGAAAGCAAUUUUGUUACAGGAAACAACAUCAUGGCUGGCUGGAGGACAAAUAAGCUAAAAGUGGAAGGAAAAAUUGGACAGAAUUAUUCCUUUUAUCACCAUUACUACUUGAGUAGUUCUUGUGACUGUAGUUUGUGAAUAUAAUGCUCCAGGUAAGAAAGAGUGGCAAGGCAAAGUUUAAAUGGAGUGUUACAGGGAAUGGCUUAUUGAAAGGAGGGCAGCUUGUUCUGGCUAAAGUUUAGUUUCUGGUGGACAUGCAGACUUGCUGACCAUUUAGAAGGGUUGCUUGCACAGAAGGUUUUCUGUGUUGUCCAUUUUUGUGUAUGUAUUUCUUCGGUUUCUCUCUUUCCUCCUUGCCUGCAUUUUGCUAUAGAAUACGUUCUGGUAUGGAAACAGCUUCCACAGUGAUGCACAAAAACUGUAAUUAUUCCUGUAAUUGUUUGGACAUUAGAUUACUAAACAUGACUGCAGAUUUCCUUCAAAAAAUUAUUCUUUUGAUGUGAAAGGCACGCUGAGGAAGAUAAGUUAGUUGAGAUGUUAAUACUGCUUUGUCUUUUAUCCAGUUUAACUUCUUACUUGAAAAGCUGUAUAACAUAAGAUAAACAGUUGUGAUUUUAUCUCUCUUUUUGAAAAUUCUGGUGGUAAGGCAGUUCUGUGUUGUAUUUAAUUCAUUCUAGAGGAGCGUGCCAUGUAAGAGAGGACCAUGCUGUAGCAGAGCUUACCAGAAUGCAGUGAACAAGAAACUUCUGCUCUGCUGACACAUGUAAAGCAAUACAGCACAGAGGGAAUAAUAAAUAUCAGUCAGAGAGGAGUUUGAGAGCUGCUAAGAGAGACUACGAGGCAGAUCAUCCACAGGCUGGCACCGAUGCGAUUAUAUACACUGUCCAAACGACAUUUUGUCCUGGUUUUUGUAGUAUUCUUUGUCUGUUUUGGUUUGACAGUCUUCAUAGGAAUAGCAGGUCCUAAUGUAAUUGAAACUUCUGUAGCGAGAACUGACUUAAAUAACAGCAUAAAGCUGAAGCCUUUUAAUUUAAGUUCGCCACCACUGUCUACUUAUAACCAACAGCUGUGGCUGACCUGUGUAGUCGAGUUGGAUCAGCAUGAUGUAUCACUCAAAAAGAACGUUACUAUGACAGUCAAAGUGCUUGGAGUGGUGAAGGAUGGAAGCACUCCCUACGUUAAUAAUCAAGUUCACAACCGGACACGGUUGCUCAAUUGUGCACAGAAAUGCAGUGAAAUCAUUGUUGCUCACCUGGGCUACCUGAACUACACUCAGUACAACGUAUUUGUUAGUUUUGAAGAUCUAAAUAAGUUAACGUAUGCAAUACAGAAUAUUACUUUCACAUGGAAGACGUACAAUCCUACAUUUUCACAAGUGGAAAUCUGGUUCCGAUUUGUCUUUGUAGUUCUCACCUUUAUGGUCACGUGUCUGUUUGCGCAUUCUCUACGAAAAUUCUCCAUGAGAGACUGGGGUAUUGAACAGAAAUGGAUGUCUAUCCUCCUUCCUCUCCUCCUGCUUUACAACGACCCAUUUUUCCCCCUUUCUUUUCUGGUGAACAGUUGGUUUCCUGGAAUGCUGGAUGACCUGUUCCAAUCACUGUUUCUGUGUGCGCUGUUAUUGUUCUGGCUUUGUGUCUACCAUGGUAUAAGGGUACAGGGAGAAAGGAAGUGCUUAACCUUCUAUCUGCCCAAAUUCCUUAUUGUUGGACUAUUGUGGCUUGCCUCUGUUACGUUAGGAGUAUGGCAAACUGUUAAUGAAGUACAUGAUCCUACAUAUCAAUACAGAGUUGACACAGGUAAUUUCCAGGGAAUGAAAAUCUUCUUCCUUGUGGUGGCAACCACAUAUAUUCUCUACCUUCUGUUCCUGAUAGUGAGAGCAUGUUCAGAACUCCGUAACAUGCCUUAUGUUGAUCUCAGGUUAAAAUUCUUGACUGCAUUAACCUUCGUAGUGCUCGUCAUUAGCAUUGUUAUACUCUAUUUACGCUUUGGAGCACAAGUUCUACAGGACAACUUUGUUGCUGAGCUGUCAACUCAUUAUCAGAAUUCAGCAGAAUUCUUAUCAUUUUAUGGUUUAUUGAACUUCUAUCUCUACACAUUAGCCUUCGUCUAUUCCCCCUCAAAGAAUGCGCUGUAUGAAUCACAGUUGAAGGACAAUCCUGCUUUUUCUAUGCUGAACGACUCAGAUGAUGAUGUGAUUUAUGGGAAUUGCGAAGGCUCUGACACAAAUGGGAGUGACUAUGAAGAAAUGCCACUUCAGAAUGGCCAAGCUAUUAGAGCCAAGUUUAAAGAAGAAUCAGACAGUGACUGAUGGAGUGAUUUUGAUAUAGACAGACUUGUUCAGAUGGAAUUAAAGCAGUUUUGAAGUUUUCCUAGAUGGACCACUUCCUUGGCUUACUUACAGUCUGCUGUCGUCUGAACAUGGAAUUCCAGGAAGGACAUUCUGCUUCUGUUUCUGUUUACAAAGGUAAAGCUGAAAAGAAUGCUUGAAAAGGUUGUGAUGGGAACUCAAGGAAACCAAAAUUUAUACGCGUCUUAUAAAAUGCCUGUUGGCAGGAUGUCUCUGGACUAAUAUUUAAGUCUGUGUCCAUUUUGAGGUGUCACAGGUUACGUACGGAUCUUAAAAUUGCUUCUUUGCUGCUUGGUGGCUUGUUGUUGUUUCCCCUCCCUUUAGGAUUAUGUAGAACAGCAUCUUAAACCUCUUGCAUUUUUUCUAGCUCCUUUUCUGUUGUUCACUGCUGUAUGAAGUGCCUCUUUUCCCUUUUGUUUUUCUACCUUAGUCAUUUAGACUGGAGGCAGGGAUCGAUGUGCUUUAAGGUUCUUUCUUCUGCCUCUGUUUUUUUUUAAUAUUAUUUUUUGGAAAUGCAGAAAAUCAAAAGCUUCCCAUUCCUCCUUCUAAGAGGUUGUAUAAACUUCAAACCAUUGUUUCAACUCCAUUUAAAUGGAUUUACCAGAUAUGUUGUAAGCGUGGGAUAUGUGCAAAUAGGUUCUAGUGAGCAAAAAUGGGCUGUGGUCCAAAGUUACUUGUAUGAUACAGGUUUCAUAACAUGCUUUACCACCCCAGCAAAACUGUUUGUUUUGUUAUUGUUGUUGUUUUCAAUAGCCCUUUAAAUAGAAAAUAUUUAGGCAGAAGUUAACCUCUGAAGGAAGUCAGAACUUUUGUGUGUGUGUGUUCUGGAGGAGAUUGUUACACUUAAAAGAAUACAGUAUAAAGUUCCACUUCAUAUUUCCAAACAUUUCAUUGUAGAUGCUUUUUCUACAUCAGACUUUUUCAUGAAGUUGUAUUUAUUGGCAGUUCUUAUGCUUUCUGGGAACAAUUACAGGUGCUUAUGCCUUGAAGUUGCUUAACAGCUUUUGAGCACGUUCUGUGCAUAGCUCAACUUCUCUGUCAUACCACAGUUGCCAGCAGUACUGCUUGAAAUUUUCACCCAUACAUUUUAUGAUUCUUUAUUCCAGUAUGUGCUGGAACAGUUAUAUAGGAAUGCAGUAUUCCUCAUACAAUGAUGCUGCUUCUCUUUUUAAAAGCUGUUUUUCUUCCACACUACUGCUCAGCUCUAUAUUUAUCUGGAUGCUGUUUGUUUCCAACUACUUCUGAAUUUUCAAGGACUUGACCAGUCUCUUCUUUUUUUAAGAAAUAGAUUCCUAACUGUAAUGUACUUUUGUAACAUUUCUCUGCCCUGCUGCUGUGGAAAAGAUAUAUUAGGCAGAAAAUGGUGCUGGCUUACACUAGUAAAUCAUGCUUAUGACAGACCCAGUCUAAGCAGAGCAGUGCAAUGAAGUCGUACUAAAUGUACUGAAUCACAUAGAUUACAUAGAGUACAUAGAUUCUGGGGGGCAUAGAUUUAUUCUGCAUUUGUACAGCUGGUUUAGGUUAUUGCAGCACAAUAACCUCCCUGUAGCUGUUCAAGAGCAUUAAGGGGAGACUGGGAGACUUCACAAAGUAACAGUACUUACAGAUGAUCAAAGGAACUGCUUCAGGUGGUUGCAAAUACAAAAUAGUCUAGAUUUAAAUCUGCACUCUGUUAGAGACGCUCUGUUAGCGUGGUAAGACUUUGUGUGUCUGUAUAAUGUGUAAUUUUUGAGGAUAUUUGGAAUUUACAGCGUUGUGUACCGUUACUGUUUGUUAGAAGCCAAAGCACUAUUGUGAGGCUAAAGCAAGGAAACAAAGUGAGAGGGGGGCUGGGAAGAAGGCGGGGGAGAGAGAGAGAUUUUAAUUUUCUUGUUAAUUGGUGUCCAUUUAGAAGAACAUACAGGGAAACAUUACGGAGUUUUUUGGUUUUUUGGGGUUUUUUGUUAGUGACUCUAGGAAGCCAUAUUUUCAGCAUUUUCUUUUAGAAUUUUUUUAACAAGUAUAGGGGGUGAGGUUUUUAACCUAGAAGAGAUGAGCCCAAUCUUAUUUUUAUUAUCCUCUAUGUGAUUUUCUUGGGGCUUACAGUUGUUUGAAUUUGCACAGUUAGACUCCAAAGCCAACUGGACACUUGUUGUGUACCCCAGGUCCCUUCCACUUGCACUGGAGUGAGUACAGGAAUUAGGUUUUCAAAAAUUCAGAUCCUUGCCUAUUCAAAUCUCUUUGACUGUCAUAUUGUUUAAUUCUGUUGUUCCAAAUUGACAAAAUACUUGAUUUGACAAAUGUGCAAAGUGUACUGUUUCUUAUCACAGUCUGAGCUGGUUGUUAUAGUCAAACCUGAAGUAGAGUGUCAUGCUUUAGAUUUCAUUGCCUAAAAAUAUUUUAAAUCUAAUUUGGAAAAUGUGGUAUUCUUUCAAAGCUGUUCUCAGCCUGUUUCACUUGCCACUGUAUACCUUAACUUUCCCACAUGACUACAUUUGAAAUGAAAAUAGGAAAGCUGAGAUAGCAAAAUAGGUGCUUCAAGUUAAGUGUCCCACUACAGAAGUAAUUUAAUUUCUUUAGAGAUUGUCUUAAGCAGUGUUUGCCAUAUAAAAUAGUUCAGUAUUUCAGAAGUGCUAGAGUGUAAUAGUAAGCUUGACUGGAGAACGGUCAUAGCAAAUACUGUUCGUAAGUGAAAAAGUGAAGCAGAUCUGCUAGCAAGAUAUCUCAGCUUCACUCUCCUAAUCGGAGAUAGUAUUUGAGGAAUAUUACAAUCUGGAUUGCAAACAGCUUGGGAGUAGGUGGCAUAAAUUGAUCACCAAGUAGCGUACUGUAACCUAAGGAUAAAACAGAAGACAUCUGGAUAAGAAGCUAUGUUAGGCUUUCUUUUUGUUAAAAAUACUUCAAUAUUUCAUGCCCUUCUGGAGCUUGGAAAAUAAGGAGAUAGCACAGAUGUAGCACUGCUGCUCUCUAGAUGCUUGCUAGUAAACAACUGCAAGACUUCCAUGUCCAUUGUGAUUAAGAUGGGACUUUCAGGGAAUCAUUUAUAGUUGAGUAUGAACCCAUUCACAGCAGUUGUUUUCUGAAGCGUGUGCUUUAGAUGGAGUUGGUGUUAGGAGUGGUUGGAAACUUUCCUGGGACCAGCAAAGAAUAAGUAGCAUAAAGUUCGACAUGAGUAAGGAAUUCCAGGAGACCUAUGGAGCUAAUUUGGUUUAAAAAAAAAAAAAGUAAUGAAGGAUGUUUUAAGCUAGAGAAGACUUCAAUUUAUCUCUGAGCCAAAAGACAACUUUGUAUUCAGUCACCUAGUUUUUGCCCACUUCCUUUUGCAUAUGCCAGUAAGAAACUCUGCAUUACUGUAAAUUUUUUCAGAGGUUUGUAAAUAUGUAAAAUGAAGCUAAAAUAUGGAGUAUUUGUGUACCAAAAUGGUAUCAAAUGUGUAAGAUAAAUGCUCUGUUUAAUAAGAAGCUGUAAAUUAAAUGCUGCUUUGACAAAGCGUGCAUGGGGACAUGUUAAAUAUUGUGUUUAGAGGUUGUAUUAAGGACAGCAAAUUAUCUGUUAUGUUGGAAAGCUUCAUUCUAGUCUUAAGUACAAACCAAAAAAGUACCACUUCAAGCAAAAGUUGAGUAUUGAGUUUCUUGGAAGACUUCAUGUGCAUAGUCAUUGUUAAAUAUGUUCAUAAUAAAGUUUUAUAUCUUUAUGUUGUA